CGUGGUUUGGUAUCCCCUCCAGCUGAAUCGACAGCUUGGGGGCGCAAAGCGCUGCUUUGCGCGUGCAUGGCGCUAUGUCGCUGCUCAAGGAGCUGAUGGACUCCCGCCGCAAGAGCCGCACCCUGCGGCCCGUGGAGACGGACGCCUCCGCCGGCCAGGCCAUGCAGGCGCAGCGGCAGCUCGCCAUGCUCAUCCGGGACGUGACCGGGAAGGUCCAGGAGCACCUGGAGGGUCUCUGUGCAGCGCAAGGGCAGCUGAUGCAGGGCCUGCAGCAAUACCUGGGCGUAGACGUGAGCGGGGUGGACGAGAAGGCCAUGGCGCUGGUCCAGGACUGCGCGGACGUCAUGCACCGCUUCGAGCGGCGCGUGAGGGACCAGGGCCUCUCGGAGGUGAAGGGCGCCUGUGAGCAGGUGCUGAACGAGUGCAACCAGCUGGCGGCGCUCUGCGUGUCCCGUGACGAGGCCCUCGCGGAGCGGCAGCACUACGAGGAGAAGCUGGCGGCUCUGCACAGCGCCUCACGGGGCAGCGUCACUGAGCAGAUCGCGCGAAACCACGAGAAGCUGAACAAGGCCAAGGAGGUCUUGGACCUGCAGGAGCGGAAGCUGGCCACGGGUAUGCGAGUCUUCGUGUAUCGGCGCCCGGUGCACUUCCGGCAGAUGUUCCUCGCGCUGCUGCGGAAGCACCUCAGCUUCCUGGGCGCCGCGGGGCAAGACGCCCUGGGCGCGGUUGAGGCGAUGCGUGCGGAGCUUCGCCCGGGGCAGCAGUGCCAGAUCGUGGGCUUGCAGAAGGCGGUGGAGCUGAAUGGCCUUGAGGCCACGGUGAUUGAGGAAGAGGCGGGCGGGCGCCUGCUGGUGGGCUUCCCGGACGGCCAGCAGAAGUCUGUGCGUCCUGAGAAUCUCUGCCCAAUGAACUUGGAACUGGUAGAUGCCCAGCCAGAGGCGACUGAUGCAGAGGAGGUGCCUGCAGCGCUUGCGGCACCAAAGGCGUUGGGCCGUUUGCGCGUGGAUCCGCCGCGAAUACCUUGCAGCGGCGGGGAGGUGCGCAUCACGGCGGAGGGCCUUGACGGGCCUGUGGCGGAGGUGCUGGUGAACGGCGCGCUCUGCGAGUUGGAAGGGGACGUGGUACAGGUCCCCCCAUGCGACGUGCUUCUUUCUGGUGGCGGAAUUGCGGAGUUGGAGGUGCGCACUGGCAGCUGGACGCGGCACGUGAUCAGGGAGAAAGCGGUGAAAUAUUUCCCCGUUGUCAGCUUCACUGUGUGCAGCCCCAACGUGGAGCUGAGUUCUUCGUCUGGAAAGGACUUGGAUGUAGCCACCAGGCGCAAGGGCUUGAUCAAUGCCGUGGCGCUCACCUCUGAUCUCAGCCCGGUUGAUACGAACCGCUACUACUUCGAGGUGCGAGUGGAGACCACCGCGGAGAAGCGCACCAACCGCACCUUGGCGCUGGGCUUCGCCUGGCACCUGCCCCACGCCUUGCUGAUGAACGAGCACGACUCCCCGAGCUACUUGAGACGGAGGGCCUCGGUCUGGAGCUUGGAUGGGCACAUGCCCGAGAACGCCUCGGGGCUCCCGAGGUCGCUGAUUCUGGGGGGCGACCCCCCGAAGGCGUACCUCGGUGGGAAGGAGAUUGCCAAGCUGAGCUGGCGCCCGCUGCUGGAGUGCGCCUUGGGCACCGUGCUGGGCCUGGCACUGGACAUGGAGGAGGACAAGCUUCGGGUGUCCGUGUACCAGGACGGCGCCCAGAAGUGCGUUGUGGAGGCCCCAGUGCCGGAGGACUGGACCUGGCCGGGCCUGGGCGCCCCCAACGGCGUCCUCGACGUCUGCGGCGGGGUGACCUCCGUGGCCCUUUGCCAGGGCGAGGCGCCUUCGCGCGAGGCGAGCGCAGACGCCGAGGAGAAAAAGGUUACGGUUGCUAAAGGGCCAGAGUGCAUGGUUUACCAUUGGGAAGGCAGCUUGUUCCAUGAGACGCUCCGGGAGUAG